UGCCACAAGUAGAGCCGGCAGCCCAAGGUUUGGCUACAAACCUACUUUGUUUCUUGUUUUUCAGGUCAAAGUAGCAUCCAGUCAGACUUUGCAUGGCAUGAGGCAGAAACAGGAUUUUCUAGCACGGUGGCUUUAGGGAGGAAUUUAGGAAGGGAGCAUGACUUAAUGUGAGUGCUCGUGAUGAUCACAAGGAGCACUACCAUGGGGAAGUUCAUAAAUGGAGUUUUGAAGGAACUGUUUAAAAUUCUAAUCUAGGUAUCUCUCUUCUAAUUUUUAACAAAUUCUGAUUGUGAGGGAAUUACUUUGACCUGAAAGCUGAUAAAAAUACUCCUGCAAAACACCUACCUGUGAUGAUUCCACCAUCUACAACAACCCCUGUCAGUGAUGCUGCACUCUUGCCAAAUGUGGCUUCUCAGGAAAUCUGGAGGUCACAAGUUCCAGGCUAUUCUGGAUCGGUCACACGGCACAUAAGUCAUCGGGCCAACAACUUCAAGAGACAUCCAAAGAGGAGAAAACACAUUCGCCCUUCUCCACCACCACCACCAAAUACUCCGUGUCCUAUUGAUUUGAUUGACUUUGGGGAUCUUCAGCCUCAGAGGUCUUUCCUAGAACUCCUCUUUAAUGGGUGCAUUCUCUUUGGGCUCGAGUUCAGCUAUGCCAUAGAAACAGCCUAUGUUACCCCUGUGCUGCUUCAGAUGGGGCUUCCAGACCAACUGUAUGGAAUGGUGUGGUUCAUCAGCCCUAUAUUAGGAUUCUUGCUACAGCCUUUGCUGGGAGCCUGGAGCGACAGAUGCACAUCAAGAUUCGGGAGGAGACGACCUUUCAUUCUGGUCUUAGCAAUAGGAGCGUUGCUUGGGCUCUCGCUUAUGCUUAAUGGCAAAGAUAUAGGAAGCACCUUGUCUGACACUGUGAAUAACCACAAAUGGGGUAUCAUUCUUACGGUCUGUGGUGUUGUCCUCAUGGACUUCAGCGCAGAUUCAGCAGACAAUCCCAGUCAUGCCUACAUGAUGGAUGUAUGCAGCCCAGUGGAUCAAGACAGGGGCCUCAACAUCCACGCUUUGUUAGCAGGUCUUGGAGGUGGCUUUGGUUAUGUUGUUGGAGGAAUACACUGGGAUAAAACCAGUUUUGGAAAAGCUGUGGGAGGGCAACUUCGUGUCAUCUAUGUCUUCACCUCAGUUACACUGACUAUCACUACUGUACUGACUCUAAUUAGCAUUCCAGAAAGGCCCUUAAGGUCCUUUGUCAGGAAGAAAAAGGUGAUGAAGAGUCCAAGUCUUCCUCUCCCUCCUUCUCCACCUUUCUUCUUUGAGGAGGGUGUAAAUGAAAACUUUGCUUCUCAUAACUCAGCUCACUUACAUGCAAGUUUUACGAGUCCCGUUUCCCCCCUGAGCCCACUCACACCCAAAUAUGGCAGUUUUAUCAGCAGAGACAAUUCCUUGACAGGAAUUAAUGAGUUUGCAUCAUCAUUUGGGACUUCAAAUAUUGACAGUGUGCUUAUAGACUGUUUUACAGGCGGGCACAAUAGUUACGUAGCACUUCCAGCCAGCCUGCCCAGACAGCCUGUCAGUGUCAGCUUUCCUCGGGUGCCUGAUGGCUGUUACCAAGGACAAAAUGGAGUUUUGGAGCAAGGGGAGAGCAGCAUAACACCGGGGCCUGACGGCGAGGUGCUGAGGGUGGGCUCACUGGAUACGAUAAAGCCACGGUCGUCAGGGAUCCUGAAAAGGCCUCAGACCUUGGCCAUUCCAGAUAUCGUAACAGGACACUGUCCAGAAAAUAGCAGAAGAAGAAACGUAACCUUCAGCCAACAGGUUGCUAAUAUCUUGCUGAAUGGUGUAAAAUAUGAGAGCGAGCUGAAUGGAUCAAGCGAGACCACUGAGCAACCACUCUCCAUGAAACUCCUUUGUUCCACCAUCUGCCAGAUGCCCAAGGCUCUCCGCAAUCUCUGCAUCAACCACUUCCUAGGAUGGCUUUCGUUUGAGGGGAUGUUACUCUUCUACACUGACUUCAUGGGAGAAGUCGUGUUUCAAGGGAAUCCAAAAGCGCCUCACAACUCAGAUGAGUAUCAGAAGUACAACGCUGGGGUCACCAUGGGCUGCUGGGGAAUGUGCAUCUAUGCAUUCAGUGCUGCUUUCUAUUCAGCCGCGCUGGAGAAGCUGGAGGAGCGGUUCAGCACACGGACCCUGUACUUUGUGGCAUAUUUGUCCUUCGGGCUCGGCACAGGUCUGGCCACACUCUCCAGGAAUGUCUAUGUGGUGCUGUCGCUGUGUGCUACCUACGGCAUCCUCUUUGCCACGCUCUGCACGCUGCCCUACUCCCUGCUGUGUGACUACUACCAGAGCCAUGAGUUUGUAGGCUCACAGGCGGAGGGCACACGGCGUGGGAUGGGCGUUGACAUCUCCCUGCUGAGCUGCCAGUACUUCCUGGCACAGAUCCUUGUGGCCCUGGCCAUGGGACCACUGACAGCAGCUGUGGGCAGUGCCAGCGGUGCCAUGUAUUUCGCCAGCCUGGUGUCCUUCCUAGGCUGUCUCUUCUCCUCCCUCUGUGUCACCUAUGAGCUGCCGCCCACCGAGGAGCUGCCUCCCACGGAAGAGCAGCGCCCGCUCUUGCCCCACGCGCGGAACGAAUAAAUGGGAGAAGACGCCACA